GCGGGAGCCGGGGAGCUGGAGCCCCGUGUCCCGGCGACCGGAUCCCGCGUCCCCAGCAGCGGCCUGAGGACCUGACAUCGACUUCCUCUUAUUCACCGGGGCUAAGGGUGGACGCGGUGGGGGAACAACGCCUGGAAUCUUGAGGACAGAGGAAGAAGCCUCCCAAUCCGGAUUAUUGGAGGGGAAAGAGCCACCAAGCGUGGGGAGGGGGAGAGCGGGGCGUUGGGCGCCCCCGCAGCGGCCGCUGUCCUAAACUGAGGGGCAUCGGCCGGCUCUCCCCCUCCUGCCAGCCGGACACGAGCGACUAAGGCCAGGGACUUUCUGUACCACUGCAUCCUCCCAUCUUGGCUCUGGGGCUGACCCAGGGAGGGACACCCCCAACCCCCACUCCAUUUGCCUUGGGUAGGAAAGAGUACCCUUACACACUCCAGAGUGAGGAGUCCAGGGCCCAUCCCCCACGUCUCUGUUGAGGAAAGGCCUGGCAACCCCAUCUUCUUUCCUCCAGAGUCCCCAGCUCUCACGGCCUCCUGCAGUUCCCACCCCUCCGUAUUUAUUUCCCUGGCUUCUGGCCAGCCCUCCAUCUCUGUCUCCUGAUUUCAGGCCUCCCUCCUUGACAUGGAGAGCAACCUGUCUGGCCUGGUGCCUGCAGCCGGGCUGGUACCUGCACUGCCGCCUACAGUGACCCUUGGGCUGACCGCUGCCUACACUGCCCUAUACGCUCUGCUCUUCUUCUCUGUCUAUGCCCAGCUCUGGCUGGUGCUUCUGUAUGGGCACAAGCGCCUCAGCUAUCAGACGGUGUUCCUGGCACUCUGUCUGCUCUGGGCAGCUUUGCGUACCACACUCUUCUCCUUCUACUUCCGAGAUACUCCCAGGGCCAACCGCCUGGGGCCCUUGCCUUUUUGGCUUCUCUAUUGCUGCCCUGUCUGCCUGCAGUUCUUCACACUGACGCUUAUGAACCUCUACUUUGCCCAGGUGGUGUUCAAGGCCAAGGCGAAGCGUAGGCCAGAGAUGAGCCGAGGCUUGCUGGCUGUCCGAGGGGCCUUCGUGGGCGCUUCGCUGCUCUUUCUGCUGGUGAAUGUAUUGUGUGCGGUGCUGUCCCGCCAGCACCGGGCACAGCCCUGGGUUCUUCUGCUGGUCCGUGUCCUGGUGAGCGACUCCCUCUUCGUCAUCUGUGCCCUCUCGCUUGCUGCCUGCCUCUGCCUCGUCGCCCGGCGAGCCCCUUCCACUAGCAUCUACUUAGAGGCUAAGGGGACCAGUGUGUGCCAGGCGGCUGCCAUAGGGGGUGCCAUGGUUCUGCUCUAUGCCAGCCGGGCCUGUUACAACCUGGCAGCUUUGGCCUUGGCCCCUCGGAGCCGGCUAGAUGCCUUCGAUUACGACUGGUACAACGUAUCUGACCAGGCAGACCUGGUGAAUGACCUAGGGAACAAAGGCUACCUGGUGUUUGGCCUCAUCCUGUUCGUGUGGGAACUGCUGCCCACCACACUGCUGGUGGGCUUCUUCCGGGUACACCGGCCCCCGCAGGACCUGAGCACCAGUCGAAUCCUCAACGGGCAGGUUUUUGGCUCUCGUUCCUACUUCUUUGACCGGGCUGGGCACUGUGAUGAUGAGGGCUGCUCCUGGGAGCACAGCCGGAGUGAGAGCACCAGCCUCUCUGCUCCCCCAUCCUAUGUGACCCUGGGCACCACCUGGGACUCCUGGUACUUACCUUGCUUCUCUGCCUGCAGCAUGUCCGGCAGCCUGGGCUCUGGCAGCUGGUAUGGUGCCAUCGGGCGCGAGCCAGGCUGGGGCGGGGCCAGCCAGACAAGGACCACUCCUCUGCUCUUCUCCCAGGUGCCAGGACCUGGCGGUCACCACCACAGCCUCUAUUCCACACCACAGACAUGAUCUCCUUUUACUCCCCUUAGAGCACCCAGGCCCUAGCUCCCCUUAUCCCUGGCCCCUGUGCCAAGUGCAUCUGCCGCUUCUUGCCCAGGAUGCCAGGGGACUGUGGCUGCUUCUCUCCUC